CUAACUUGAGUAUUUUCCAUAGAACCAAACACAUAUUAUUAUUUUGAAUUAAUAAAUCUAAGCAUUUCGUGAAACCUUUGCUACUUUUGCAGCAGUCUCAUCUCUGGCUUUAACGCAUCCAUUCGAUGCGUUAGACGAUUUUAGUUCACUCCGCAAGUGCGGAUUAAUCUCACUACCUGUGAGCAAAUAGAUUUAUUUCAUAAUCUUCGGAAGGAGGUCCCUCCUGGCUUCCGAGCUGCGUCCUGUAUCAUAUGUUAAUGAAGUUAAUGGUGGAGCUCCAGUGACAGCCGGUUGCUGGAGACCAAUGAGAGCGCUCGCAGUGUGUUUGAGGCUUUGCAGGCAGGAGGUGUUUGAAGAACCGUGUCAGCUCCUAUAAUGAUGUAAAGAAGGAUCCCUUUCGCUUUUCUCCGAUUUUUUUACCUACUUAACAGCUUUGAACAUGCACACGGUCACUUGUCACUGCGGGGAAAGCUUUUCCACCAACUUGCAUCGGAUUUAAGCCUGGAUUCGUCCCAAGAUUUCUCCGCUGCCCGACAGAACCCAUGAAACCUCCUCAGAGCGACGGGUUUAUGGACUCGCGUAUCAGCUAAUGAUGUCUAUGGGUCUCAUGCCUGACAGUCUGAGUGCCCCAGAUCCGUCAAAAUCCGCCUUUCUGGAGUUCGGUCACGGACACCCGGCACACCAGCAGCACUCCCCUGGACUCUCUCACAUUUACCCCGUGCAUGGCUUUCACGCUGCCGGCCAUCCCCAGCACGAAAGCGCGUUCCCCGGCGGCGCGUCCUACGGCCGCUCCUUGGGCUACGCCUACCCCGGCGCGGUGAACGCUCACCCGCCGUCCGCGUACAUGUCCUACCAGCACAGCAAUCACAGCAGCAGCAGCGGCAGCAGCCUGCCGUACGGCCGAUCAGAGCACACAGAUCGCGAAAAGUCCACGGUGAACGAGAACAGGGACAUUCGUUUAAACGGCAAAGGGAAGAAAAUCCGAAAGCCUCGAACCAUCUACUCCAGUCUGCAGCUGCAGGCCCUGCACCAGCGCUUCCAGCAGACCCAGUACCUGGCGCUACCGGAGCGCGCCGACCUGGCGGCCAAACUGGGCCUCACUCAAACUCAGGUGAAAAUAUGGUUUCAGAAUAAACGCUCCAAGUAUAAAAAGAUAAUGAAGCACGGCAGCGGAUCAGAGGGGGAUUAUCUCCACAGCGCCAACGCCAUCUCCCCCUGCUCACCCGGACUGCCCCAGCUCUGGGAGGUCUCUGUGGGGAACAAAGGAGCACCAAUGUACCCAAACAAUUACAUGAAUAGUUUUGGACACUGGUAUCCAAACCACCACCCUCAUCAGGACGCGAUGCCCAGGCCUCAGAUGAUGUGAGUGGAGUGUUUUAUUGGCCGCGAGCUCCCAGCGAAGUCGACGGUUUCUCACGAGGCCUCCCGUCAGAACUGAACUGAACUCUACUGCGUGGCCCUCAGGUUGUUGUUCGUUAUGGUUUAUGUGCGCGCGUGGACCCAGUUUCUUUUCGACCAGGCAUUGAAACGAUUCCAUGUCUUUCAGUGCCACUGCAGCUCGGACGGGCUCACCUCGCUGCGGAUAAAGCAACAUUUGAACUGUGCAUGAGUCUACUCUUAAGCAAUAGAGUUUCCGCUGAAAGCUCCAACAAAUAGCAUUUUUUUUGCAAAUAAAUCACGUCAUUAUGGGACAAUUCUCGUAUCAUGUUGAUCAUUUCACUGUCAGGGCAAUCAGACACAGCACAGCACCUGUUCUCAUAGGCAUUACGACGUCUGCGCCGCCCGUGACGCAAAACCUCUGCGUAGUUGACUGGGUCUGACUCCACCAGUUUCAAUCUGGACGCACAUUCCUGUUUAGAAAACCUUGGUUCUGUAUAUGUAAUAUUAAAAUGUACUUGCCAACAGAGUAAUUACUCGUCUUAGAGAAUCAGAGGGAGAUGUUCUGCUUUUUUUUUUUU